AUGUCCGGCAGGCAUAUACUUGAUGCUCUAGCCCUACUUAGCGUAUCACGAAAUAUCGCAGCUAAACACUUCGAUAUUCGACUUGCCCAAGCUCGAGUCUAUGGUCAAUCUUCCUCUGUCGUCAAGGCCAUAAGGACCCAAGGCCUCCCAAUCCUAGCUACAUCUGUCUCGCGGUUCGCUUCCUCUUCCCAACCCCUUUCAAAAUCGUCGAAAGAGGGUAUCGAGCAAGACCACUUCUACAAAAGAACCGCCGAGGGAUCUCAAUCCCAGGACUCCUCUAGUGACGCCUUAGACAUUGAGCAAGCCCAAGCGAAGAGGGUGCCACUUCCAGAUGGGACAAUACCGUCAAAUGACAGUCCAAUUGGGGGAGAGGAGGGAGAUGGCAUAACUUUCAACCAAGUACCUACGGGGGAGACACCUCAGCAUCCAAUCGAUUCUAGAGCUACUCAAGACCUCAGUUUCCGAUCAUCGACGAAGCCAAACCUCCCCGGCGCUAGGUCAUUCGGAGCCCUGUCUCCAGACGAGGCCAGAAAGGCUCAAAGACAAUCCGAAGACCAGAUCCCUGCGAGAUCCGCCGAACCUCCGUCAACUGAAGAGAAUGCCCAGGAAUUUGGGGUGGAACAAGAGCAGGACGUCUUCUAUCAGCCACCAGGGAGCGUCAAGCCCGUUCUGUCUGCAUUACCUCGUGUCCGUGUCCCUAAGACGGAAAACGACGUGCAAGAGGGCGAUUCGCACAUCGAACCAGGUCUUAACGCGGAUGUCUACUACUCUGGCUCCAAGCGUGAGGCAGACGCGGAGGACGAGCCUUCCGAGGAACAGCUAUCCCAGCUAUUUCGCAACCCAAGGAAUGUAAGGACUUACGGGCAAAAGGCAAGAUACGCCCCUGGCGGAGUUACAGCGAGACGCUUUCAUGACAUGAGCGUCAUGCGUCAGAAAGUCUCCGAUACGGAUGCGGAAAGUAUCAAGCAACUUGGUGCUGAGAUUGCCAAAGACGUUCAGAAAAUCAAUACGCAACAACCGCAGACAGCACGACCGUAUCAGAUGCGUGAAUCAAAGGUGCCAUCAUCUAGAAUGGGCCGGAUAUUCGAAUUUGGAGGGCUUGCAGCGUCAAUGGCUUUUGGAGCUGUCAGCGAGAGUAUCAGUCGCUCAGAAGGUUCCAAUGGCUCGUUGAUGUUGAGUGCCGCAAAUAUGGAACGUCUUGUCGCCAAAUUGUCCAAAAUGCGGGGUGCGGCCCUCAAGUUAGGUCAAAUGAUGAGCUUCCAAGAUUCCAAAUUGCUUCCAAAGCCCAUUCAUGAUGUGCUGCAACGUGUUCAAGACAGUGCGGAUUACAUGCCAGCGUCGCAGAGAGACGCAGUCAUUGCUGCGGAUCUGGGUCCCAGUUGGCGUGACCAUUUAUUCCAGCAGUUCGACGAGAAGCCCAUGGCCGCCGCCUCUAUCGGCCAGGUUCACGGGGCAAUAUUGAAAGAUGGCAGGAGAGUUGCGGUCAAGGUGCAAUAUCCCGGUGUGGCCGAGUCGAUUUCUUCUGAUCUCAACAAUCUGUCUCUGCUACUCACUGCCUCCCGUCUGCUGCCCAAAGGGCUGUACCUGGAAAAAACUAUUGCCAAUGCCCGUACCGAGUUGGCAUGGGAAUGCGACUACGUUCGCGAGGCUGAAUGCGCAAAAAGGUUCCAGAAGCUCUUGGCAGAUGAACAGGCCACCUUCACAGUUCCUGAGAUCAUUGACGAAGCAUCAGGCAAACGGGUCCUGACCAUGGGGAGAAUGGAAGGUAUUCCAGUCACAAAGGUCCAAAAUUUCACACAAGAGCAGAAGGACUGGAUUGGGGCACAGAUCCUACGACUUUGUCUGCGUGAAAUCACCGAGUUCAGGUACAUGCAAACGGAUCCCAAUUGGACCAACUUCCUCUACAACUCAGAAACGAACAAGCUGGAGUUACUCGACUUUGGGGCGUCCAGAGAAUUUCCGGAAAAGUUCAUUAAACUCUACAUCAAAACCCUCAUCGCCGCCUCGCGAAAAGACCGGGAUGCUUGCAGAGAUUUUUCCAUCCAGCUAGGCUAUCUUACUGGAUAUGAAUCCAAGGCCAUGUUGAACGCCCAUAUCGAUUCGGUUAUGACACUGGCCGAACCCUUUAUGGAUUUCAGUCCGGACAUCUAUGACUUCAAAGACCAAACCAUCACUGACCGAGUUCGGGCCCUUAUUCCCGUCAUGCUGAGAGAAAGACUGGCACCUCCACCAGAAGAGACCUACAGCCUGCAUCGGAAGCUGAGCGGAGCGUUCCUUCUAUGUGCUCGACUAGGCAGCCGGGUUCGAUGCAAGGAGUUAUUCGAGCAGGCGCUCAACAAAGCUGGGAUGCAAUAA